AUGCUUAUCCUCGGAGCACCGGGAGCCGGCAAGGGCACACAGUCGGGGCGGAUUCGCGGGUUCUACGACAUUGCGACGAUAUCGAGCGGCGAUGUGUUGCGGCGCAAUAUCGCCGAGCAGACAGCAGCGGGCAUGAAGGCCAAGGAGGCCGUGGCUCGCGGCGAACUUGUCUCUGACGCCAUUAUCGUCGAGCUGAUCCGCAGCGAACUGACCACGGUCAGCGCCAACUGGAUGCUGGACGGCUUCCCGCGCAACAUCACCCAGGCACAGGCGCUUGACCACAUGCUGACAGAGACUGAUCAGCCGCUCAACUCGGUUAUCAACCUGGCGGUGCCCGAGGAUGUCAUUCUUCAGCGCAUCGUCGAGCGGUAUGUGCACGUGCCGUCGGGCAGAGUGUACAAUCUGACGUAUAACCCGCCCAAGGUUCCGGGCCGCGACGAUGUCACCGGCGAGCCGCUGGAGCACCGCCCCGACGAUAACCCAGAGUCAUUCAAGCGCAGGCUUGACCAGUACCACCAGCUGACUGAGCCGCUGCUGGAGUACUAUGACAAGCGCGGAAUUCUGUCGACAUUUGCGGGUGCGACGUCUGAUGUCAUUUUCCCACAGAUCAGGGCGUUCCUGGACGAGCGCUUCGAGUGA